AUGGCGUGGCUCUCGAAUUCUUAUAGGCGAAGGUUCGAUCUUACGGCCGGCACCGCCAGGAAGCCGGACUACUUUGAGUUCCCGCAGUUCAAGCCGUCGGACAGGAUCUUGUAUGCCGACACGAGCUCGUUCAUGGUGGCGUCCCAGUCGUCGCUGGACGACCUGAACGGCCGCCUGGCGGAGCCCGUGUCCAUGGGGUGGUUCCGGCCCAACGUGGUGGUCCGCGGCGCCAGGCCCUUCGACGAGGACGACUGGGCCUUCCUCAAGAUCGGCGACGUCGUCCUCAGGAGGGUCAAACCCUGCGAGAGGUGCCUGCUGACCAUCGUGAACCCGGCCACCGGAGAGAGGCAUCCCCAGCAGGAGCCACUGACCACUCUCAGGACGUACCGCUGCCCCCGCGGCCCCGCGAGCCUGGCGAAGGCGUGGGCCCAGAAGCCGGUGUUCGGCCUCCAGUGCGGAACCGAGCAGGGCGGCGCCGUCAGGCUCGGAGACAAGGUCAUGGUGGUCAGGGCGUCCAGGCACCCCGAGUACAAGCUCAUGGACAUGUGAGCGGAGGCGAGGACGACGGAGGGCGGCCGGGCACCCGCACCCGGCGCGGACAUUUGAGCGGCGGCCGGCGGGGACGGGGGGGGGGGGGGCAAGAGGCAAGGCUAACUGUGUGAGGGGAAAUAUAUGAGAAUAAUAUAUUAUUAUUACUGUUAUCAGUAUUUCAAUUACUAUUAUCAUUAUUAUUUUGAUUAUCAUUAUCUUUAUGACUAUUAUUAUUAUUAUGAUCAUUAUCAUCAUUAUUACUAUUAUUACUGUCAUUAUUAUUAUCUUCAGUAUCAUUAUUAUCAUUAUUUUCAUUAUUAUCAUUACUAUAAUUAUUGUUCUUGUUAUUAUUAUUAUUAUUAUUAUUAUUAUUAUUAUUAUUAUUAUUAUUAUUAUUAUUAUUAUUAUUAUUAUUAUUAUUAUUAUCAUCAUCAUCAUCAUUAGUAGUACUAGUAUCGUUAUUAUCAUUACUGUUAUUACUAUGAUCAUUACUGAUACUAUUAUUGUUAUUAUAAUAAUUAUUGCUGUUGUUAUUGUUAAUAUAACGUCUAUCACUGUCAUCACCAUUGGAUUUAUUAUUACUAUUAUUCCAGUUUGGUGUGUUGUAUACUCUUCUGUUUUAUAUUAUCACUAUAAUUACCGUUAUUGUUUUUUGUCAUGACUAUCACAGUAUGAAUGGCGUUUCGACAGCUGAUGGUUUCAUCGCUUUGGUGAUAUACUGUGAGGUGAAACAAAUGUCAGAAUAUUAGUGAAUAAUCUGUGUAAUAAGGCAGUAAAGUACUACCCGGGUAUCAUUCCUUUCACUUAACAUAAAUGGGCAAAUUUUAUCUUCAAAAAGGUUAUGAUAGGGUCAUUUGCAUGUUACAUUUGUUAUUCAUUAAUUUGCUACUAGUAAGUACAUAUGGUUCUUAGAAAGUGUGUAAAUAGAGACCUUUUGCGUAUCUUUAUAUUUACUGCUCCACUAUGGUUUCUGCAAAGGUUAUGAGACAACACUGGGGUUAUUCAUUUUAUUCGUAUUUAUUUCUAUUCAGUACACAUAACCUGCCCGCAGGAAGCGUAUACAAAACACGUAUAAAAAUAACAAGUGCACAAAACAACGAA